CCACAAUCAAUCUCAUUUUCUUUUAAUCAUUAUUUAAAAACCACUAACAUUACUCAGGUUGCAGUCUUGCAGAGAUGAUUUGAUCUCAUUUAUCAUGGUUUGAACAUCGAAAAGAAGCCAAAAUGGUUGAGAUCACAGCUCAGCAAUUUUGAUCCUACAAUAUCUAAUGAUUUUUCCUGGAAUCAGUUCUGCGUAAGAGCAUCUCCAAUAUAAAACUUUAUUUUUCUUCCAAAAUAGAAUAAAAAAGAAAAUAAAAUAAAAUUGCUUCAAUCCAACUUCAUAUCACAUUCUAUAGUAGAGUUAUGAAUAAACAAAAAAUAUAUUACUCUAUUUAUGGAAUAAACUUCAUUAGGAAUGAGAUAUGAAGUUCGAUUGGAGCAUUUUUUACUCUAUACUUCAUUUCACUCCAUUUUAGAAUAAAAAAUGGAAUGGAGUCAAAGAUGCCCUAAAGAAAUGAUGAGUCUCUUCAGUAACCUGUGUCCCCUUAAUCUCUCUCGUGUUUUGUAUGUCUCUUGAUGUUUAAGAAACCAAGUUGUCUAGUGGUCAAAUCUCCAGUGCUUCCAAAAACAGCAUUUCAAUGGAGUACUAUUCGUGGUGCUUGGAGGUAAGUUGUAAACGUUUACUUUUGAAGCUUAUUAUUAUAUUUGCAAUAGUUUAUGAUGAUCACCAAAGAUGUCAUUCGGUUUAGUUGUCUUUGACAUGCAGUAUAUCCUAUGUCGCAAAGGACAACUGUGUUCAAAAUAAUAAUUGGCAUGAUUUGCAACAUUCCUCUGCAUUUGAAUGAUUGAAACUUAUUAGUUUAUAAUAUGAACCGUCGACAAUAAUGAGAUAAGUAUAGUAGUUAUAUACGUCAAAAAUGAAAAGAUAAGUAUAAGGAAAAAGAUUUUAUGCACCUAACUAUGCUUUCGAUUGUCAAAAUCAGUAGAUGCUUCCAUAACUUGACAUGUUGUGUGGAUGAAAAUGUAGGUGAGACUUAUUCAAUCCUUUCGUUUUCUUGAUUUAAUUUUCAAUUUAAUUUACUUUAUUAUAAUGGAUUUUGAUUAGACGAAAUAUUUUAUUUUCAAAGAAACCCAACGAUUUGAUAUAUUAGGAAAGUGCCUCACACAUCUAAUAUCUAGAACUCACUUUUAGUACCUUCUUACCAUUUCCAAGGGGACUCUAUUUUUUCUCUAUAAUUUACAUAAAAAUAGAAUAACUCUAUUAUAGUGUAACUUUUGCUCCAAUGGUAUUACUCUAUAAUAUAAUUACUCUAUUAUAGAGUGAAAUAUAGAGAAAUGUCACUUUUUCACUCUAUAAUAUAGAGUAAAAUAUGUGAUUCCUAUAUAUUCUACUAUAUAAUAGAGUAACUCUAUUAUACAGUAACACCAUUGGAACAAAAGUUACACUAUAAUAGAGUUACUUUAUUUUUGUGAAAAUUAUAGAAGAAAAAAUAGAGUUUUAUUGGAGAUGCCCUUAGUUACUGGCCUAGUGCAACGAAACUAUUAAAUAAAGAUAGCUAAUGUUUUUAUUUUUCAGUCGAGAUGAAUCUGAUAUUUAAACAAACCUAACUCGAACAGAGUAAUUCAGACUUCUUUUUGUCAAUAACUUUCAAAUAUUAAAUUAAAUUUAGUCGAAGUAUUUUUAUUGGUUCGGUGUUAGUUACCUGGAAAAAAGAGAAUGCUUCAUAUGCAUGCACACUUUUAGCAAUUCACUCCAUACGAAAUUAUAAAAAUCGUUAUAAAAAACAAAUAUUAUAAAAACAGUGAACUAAAUACAAACUACAAAACUACGGUUAUUGUAAUUAUCUAAUUUCAAACUUAGACAGAAUAUAGCCGAUGGGAAUUUCAGUCAUUUUAAACAUAUUAGAAUAUCCCAUUUCAAAUCGAAAUGAUAUAUUUUACAAAAAAUUCGACAUGAUAUAAAAUAUAUAUAUAUAUAUAUAUAUCGCAUUGUUCAAAUGAGUCUAUCUAAUCUCUGCAUGAACUGCUGAGAAGUUUCGCCUGCACGCCGCAGACUAACCGAGUUAUUCUACCUUGUUAGUUGUGGAAAUAAUCAAAAAGAGAUGAUGGAAGAAAAGUCGUCAAAAGAUAUGAGUCUUUUUAAAAAAAUAGUAUUAGCAAAAAUAAAGUGUUGGAGAAUCAUGAUCGCUUAUUUAAGGUUAUGGUCCCCCAUUAAUUUAGUUACAUAACGAAAGUAAUAAUUAAUUAAUAAUAUAUAUCGUAGUCUAACGUAGACUUCAUCGCUCUCUGGCGGCUCAAAAACUUUUCAAAAGACGACAGCUUCAACACCAAGCAAAAAGUUUCUCACACACACAGAUUAUAAGACAACAAGAAAAUAAAAACACGUUCUUCACAAACUCAUUUCUUCCCCUAGCUUCAAAAAUGGAUAGUGAAAUAGCUAAAAAAGUCACGGCGGUGUUUGAUCACCGGCGAUUAAACCGCUCCGGUUCAUCACUGUUCACAGCCUUUGCUGCCUCAGUAAUAGCUCUGAUCGUUUUCACGGUCGUCAUCGUAUCCAACUUAACGGUGAGAGAGAUCUCGGAGGUGGUGAAGAUAGAGAUCAAGACGGUUGUUCCUUACUUACCUCUGAGAUCAGAGAGAGAGCUGAGCGCUGGCAAGAACAACUACACGAUCAAGCAGAUUACCACAGUUAAAGAGAAUAACAAUCUCGAGAUUCUCGAGACUUUUGGAGGCAAAGGCGUGUCGGAGAAGUUUCAGCAAAGAGCAACAGAGUUUCUGAGAGAUGAUUGUGACGUCAGUUUCAUGAUGACGUGGAUCUCCCCUGCUGAUAAGUUCGGUAAGAGAGAUGUUUUGUCUGUGGAAAGCGUUUUUAAAUCACAUCCUCGUGGUUGUUUAAUCAUUUUAUCAUCGACGAUGGAUUCUCCUCAAGGGUUUAGAGUCUUGAAACCGUUUCUUGACCGCGGUUACAGAGUUACUGCGGUAACUCCUGAUUUACCUUUUCUCCUCAAGGACACGGCGGGAGAGUCGUGGCUUGAGGAGAUUAAGACAGGGAAGAGAGAUCCCGGGAAGAUCUCUUUAGCUCAGAACCUCUCAAACCUCAUGAGACUCGCCUACUUGUUCAAGUUCGGAGGUGUUUAUUUGGACACCGACAUGAUAGUGCUGAAAAGUUUUAAGCCUCUGAGGAACGUGAUCGGUGCGCAGACUCUCGAACCGGUUUCGAGAAACUGGACGAGGCUGAACAACGCGGUUUUGGUCUUCGACAAGAGCCACCCUCUCUUGAGGAAAUGUAUCGAAGAGUUUUCGUUGACUUUCAACGGGAACGUUUGGGGUCAUAACGGACCGUAUCUUGUUUCACGAGUGGCUAGAGCUGUUGAGGGAACGGUUGGUUAUAACUUCACCGUCAUGACGCCUCCUGCGUUUUAUUCGGUUAAUUGGAUUGAGAUUGGGAAGCUCUUCAAGGUUCCGAGAACCGAGAAGGAUAGGAAGAGAGUGGAAGUCAAGGUUCUUGAGAUGCAGAGGAGAAGCUACGGGUUGCAUUUGUGGAAUAAGUUUAGUAGUAAAUUUGAAAUUGAGAAAGGUAGUGCCAUGGAUAAAAUCGUUUCGGAUCAUUGUGUGAUCUGUGAGAAAGUCUCUGUAUCAUAAUACUUUGUAAGUUUAUUACCAUUGUAGAAUAGCUUUUAGACUGUAAUUAACAAUGAAAACGUUAUUGAUCAUUUUCCUGAUUGAAAUAAACUUCGACCAACUCUAA